AACAGAAAUUAAUUAAUAUUGAAUCAUAUAUAAAUUGGUAUCUGUUCGUACUGUUUUGCAUUCAUCCAAACACCAACUGCAAUUUCAGAUGUUUGCAUGAAGAAAGUUCAAAUAGUCAUAUUUGUUCUUGCUGAAAAAGCCUUGUUGAUAAACUAAAACCAUGAGUUAUUACUCCAGUCGAAGUAAUGUUCUCGGAGACCGAAGUCAGAGAAGCAGAGCUUUGAGAAAAGACACAAACGGAGUUGAAAGUAACACAAAUGGAAACAAUAACAGCAGUGAUGUGUCGAAAGGUAUCGAUUCUUAUAUCAACAACUAUGCAAGAAGUACAGGAGAUCAUUCACACAGAAGCAACCGGUUAUCUACCAGUGGACCAAGAAAAAAGUCUUCUCUUGUGGAAUCCAUGGCAGCCAAUUUUGAGCAAAAAAAGAAAGAAUCAUCAAACUCCAGUCAGACGUCAUCAAGUGCGAAUAAUAAAUCUAUUUCACUUAAUAAAGUAGAGAAUACACCGGUUGUCAUGGGUCUACCUCCACCAAGUCCAAAAACAAAAACUUCACCUCAGAAAUUAGAAAACGGAACAUCAUUACAAAUUGAAGAAGAAGAAGAUGUUCCGAGUCCGUCACAGUCUCGAGCAAGCAAACCAAGCUCGAGUGCAAGGCGAGGUAAACAACAAAGAGAAAAACGAAUGUUGAGACAAAAACGUCGGAGUACAGGAGUCGUUCGUUUAAAAGAUGACGAUGAUGAAGAAGUUAAAAAGGAAACUCCAGAAGACAAUACAAAAAAAGAUGAAAAGGAUGAUGAAGUAACAAGGAAGUCAGAAACACAGAGAAAUACGUUGUCAAACGAACUGUCACCAAAUUCAUCAACAAGUGGUGGAAGUACUCAACUUGAUCGUUCUUAUGUUGAACGAACAGAAAGACCCCGAAAUUAUGACACAAGUGCGAGUCAAGCAUCAUCAUCGACUACUUUUAAGGGUUCAUUAAAAUCUAGCACAACAUCUGCAACGUAUGUUACGCCUUCACAUUCUCAUCAAUAUAGUGAUAACGUUUUCUUAUCUCCUGAUAAAGAAGAAGAAAGCAAUAAUAAUAUUUCACCUAAUUCAACAACUAUGCCUAUGUUAAAUUCUUCUAGAAGAAGAGGAAAACGGUCUUCUACUGAAAAAUCACAACUUGAAGUUAAUGGGAAACGAGAAAUAGAUGAACUUCGUGAAAAACUGUCGACUGCAGAAAGUACUAUUGCUAAAUUAACUAAAGAAGUCGGGAAUAUGGAUAUUGAACUUCAAAAACUUGAGGAAGAAAAUGGACGUUUACAUGUUGAAAAUAAAAUGCUGGAAGACGAGAAUCGUUCCAUGUUGAUGGUUUUAAAAACCAUAAGAGAAAAAUCAAACUGAAAAUUUUUGAAUAUUAUUAUUAAGUUUUCAACGUAAACGCCAGUGUCUGAGGGGGAAGAGUUCUAUCCAAUGGAUGGCAAAUUACUAGUUUAUUCAUUGUUGGUAUUGUUUUGCAGACAGAAUAAUAUAUGCUUGUUUUCUAUUGGUAUUAUUCUGUCAGCGUAGCACUCGAUCAAAAAGGAAAGUUUUUGGUCAGAGUGUUUAUAUUUAAUUGUACUGAACUGAAAAGUGUUGACCUGGUGCUCUUUUGAGCUUUUCUCACAACAUACACAAAAUAAAAACUUUUCUAACUUUCAAAAGCUAUCAAAUUAUGUAAUAUAUGCAAGAUUGCCAAGCUAUGUCAGGUCCACAGCAUACCAUGUUUGGGCCACUUAUUUGCUUGUCCAAUGCCUAUGUCCAAUAUGAUGAUUUUUGUAUAUUUUUGAGCAAACCGGAUGGAUUUCAAUAUGUAAUUAACUGAUUAUUUUGCUGUGAACAGUGCAUUUUACGAAUAGGUUAUUUCUGAGUCGCUUUUGUGUUCCAGUGAUUUUAGCUCGCAAGUUAAACUUAGAGCUACGAUUCAAGUGUUUACCUAAUGCAGUUUAUUCCUGCCUAUCUGCAUACUGUUCUUUCACUAUUUUAAUAAGAUCGGCGCUUUGCACUUGUAUCCAUACUGCCAUAGUUUCAUCUUUUUCCCUGUACACUGGUGUUGUUAAAUACAGAUUGACCCAAGAAGAAGAAAUCCAUAAAUUUCUUUUUUACUUCCAUGAAAAUGAAACCAAGUGAGUGAUUGACAUUUUUGCGCAACAGAUUACAAGUCUAUCUCUAUUGCUAAGGUGGUAAUUUAAAACUUAUUUCAGAAAGAACAUGAAUUUUGUGCAAAAUGUCCUAAAUUUCUGAAACUUGGGUAUAAUCAUACACGAACAGAAGUGUAGACAUAAUUGAAAAAUGUACUCAAUUUUUGUAGGAGUAAUUUAACAUGGGUUUGGUUUUUGGGGUCAAGUCACCCUUUAGUUAUAUUUGAUUUGUUACAAUCAUAGGGUUAACGAAACUUGACUUGAAUCUUUAUUUAACCAGGUGACGAUUUUUGCAAAUAAAAAAGCGAUUCUGAAUUCCUAAAAAUAUUUUAUAUUUGGCUCUAGUUUGGCUUGAACAAUUUAUUAGUAAUCUUUGUUUCUAACUAUGUUAGUUGAUUGAAAUAUAUGCUUUCUCUCUUUCGCUGUCACUCAAAAUGUCAAACAGAAAAAUAUGAUUAAAAAGAUCCGAAUACAUUUGGAAUAAUUUAUAUUCAACUGGAAAUUGGUGUUGAGUUCGGUGCUGUUGCUAAUAUUCAAUUUUAUGUUGUGUAUUUGAAAAAAUGAUUUUCAGAGUAAUAAUUUAUUUCGCUAUUAUUGGUUAUGACAUGCUUGCAGUUUUAUCCCUUAGAAUGCAGUAUACUAUGUUUCAAUGUAGUUGAAUCCAGUAAUGUUUAACUAUGCCUAUUGCCAGUAAAUCUGUAUGCAAUGAAUGCAAGGAUACUAAAGAAAAAUUAAAACAGUUCAACAAGAGAAAUUCAAAUUUUUUUUCUAUUUAUUUCAACACGCAUUUUGUUUAUAUCUAAGAAUUUUCGAAAUUUACCGAAAAACAUGAAAUCUUAGUGUUAGCUUUCAAAAUGAAAAAUUGAAAUAUUAGACAUUACAGUGAGUGUUUUCAAUAUUUAAGUUUGAAAAUACCUAUAAAAUAGUGUUUUUUUCUAUUUUUACUCAUUAUAUGCUGGCUAAUAUAUUUUCAUGAAGAUAUAUUCAAGAAGCUUAAGUCUCCCGAUAGAUGAUUUUUGUUGGAGAGAAUAUAGAAUUGGACAAUAAUCUUAACGCCAUCUCCUAUCUUGAAAUGGAUUUAGCAAGAACUUUUUGCACAAUAUAUGGUGUAUGCCUGUUUUCAAGUGAUAAAUUUUAUUUUAUCUGAAUAAUAUCUUUAUUAUUUUAAAAGUGUAUUUUUGCAUUUUCAGGUGCUAAUAAAAUAAUAGCACAUAACUUUUAGUAAAUGUAUUUUCAUACCUCCUGUAAUACUUUUAAAUCUUGCCUAUCGUGAGUAGUUUUUUAUUUUCAUUCCACUCAAUAAGUUUUAGCUUUUUUUUUUGUUCGGUGCUAUAUUUUAAGUAUGUUUUAGACCAGGGUGGUCCAAGGUUGUUGGCUCCGCGGGCCACAAAUUUAUUUUUUCAUUGUUUGAGGGGCCACAAUAGUGCCAAGAAUAGGUUACCACUUACCAGACAUAGCCAUCUCAGGCUGAUAGAAUCCGCAUUCGAUUUUUAGUUUUCUAUAAUUCCUAUAUUGUUAGCAUAUAUUCCCGACCAAAAAGAUAGAAAGCCAGAUAAUAAUUUAGACUGCCAAGCACAUCAUUCAACUUCGCUAUUUGCCUCUGCUAGCCAUAACACAGUCAAUUCAGUGACAUCACAUUAGUGAUGUAAGAAUAUGUCAAAAGAUUUUUCUGAUUAAUUUUAUUACGAAACAACAUGAAAUACGAUUUAUUGAUUACUCUCCGAAUGUCACGCGGGCCACACAUAAUGCGGCGGCGGGCCUAGGUUUGGACCACCCUGCUUUAAACAAUCUCAGAUGAGUUUUAUUAACAUUCGGUGGUGUGAUCAUUUUUGUGUAUUUGAAGAGGGUUAUCGUGGAUUUUAUUUUCCAUCGGAAAGUAAUUUGGUUCGAUAAAUCACGAAUUUUAUCAUAAAUGGCCAUUUCUAAAUUGUAUCCAGGGAUGGACAAAGCCAAAUAUUUCACUCUUCCGAAUACAUUCGAAAUUCGGGGCAAGUUCAUGUGGAAAAUUUACAUAAAUCACUUUAUCAUAAUGUUGAUCAUAUCUAAAACGACAUAAAUAUGAAGGUUAUUGUUUACUCUGUGUUGUUUGUUAUCAGUUGAGAUAUCAUAUGUUUUGAUCUGCUUGUCUGACGGCUCGCAAUCUGCAAUUUUCAAAUAAAACAUUCUAAAUUAUUACUAAAUUCAACAUUUUUUAUAUUCGAAUAAUCUAAUCGUUUUGGACACCUCUGUAUCCGGCCAUUGGCUUUUUGAGAGUUUGCUAAGAAAGUACCUACUAUUGAUGAUGAAUCGGAUUUCGUGAAGUGAAUAAAAUCCUAAAUCCAUCCAUAUCAUCUUGACCACUUCAAAUUUUUUUGACAAAAAAUUUUUUUGAAGAUUUAUUAGAAGAUGUUCCAAAUUUAUAAGAUGCGCACAGCCGUUUGGUACCUAAUGGUGUCCAAUUUUUUUCAAAUCAAAUCAGUCCAAAAUUAUUAUAAAUUUGAUUUUUAUAAAU